UCUAAAACACACAGCAACUUAACUUAUUCAGAGAGGGUUGAAGCGGAGGUAACGUGGUGAAGAGGAUACAUUAAUCUUUUGAUUCAUCUUCUCCGAAACUCAUUUUAGGGGAGUUUAACACCACAAAGUGCAACAUAAUUCUUUCGUCAGGGAAGUCUUUAAGCUUUUCUAACAACUAUGAAGUCAGUGGAUAACGACGUUAGAGAGAUCAUAACAGACGGUGUUGAGUCAGUAACAACCACACAAGGGAAUAAAGUUAUGUCAAAUGGUAAUAAAGACAAGGAUGGAACGACCAGUUGUGGAUUGGUGUCAGAAUCAGGAACCAGGAUCACAAAAGAGUUUCUUCUGCGCCACUGUAAAAAGAAUAAACUGUACAUCACACCAAGCCUGAAUGAUGCCCUUUAUUUACACUACAAAGGCUUCUCUGUGAUAGAGAAUCUAGAUGAAUUCACAGGAUUGCGAUGCUUAUGGCUUGAAGUGAAUGGGAUCCGCAAGAUCGAGAACCUGGAGAACCAACUGGAGCUAUGCUGUCUGUUCCUACAGCACAACCUUAUUCACACAUUGGAGAACCUACAAGCUCUCAGCAAGCUGAAUCAACUGAAUGUUUCAAACAAUUACAUCAAAACCAUCCAAAACCUUUCAUGUCUUCAGGUGCUGAGUACUUUGCAGAUUUCCCACAAUGCUCUGGAAACCACAUCUGACAUAGAUCAUCUCUCCCUCUGUCCAUCUAUCAGUGUGCUUGACCUUUCAUAUAACCGUUUGAGUGAUCCACAAAUACUCAACAUAUUGGAGCAGAUGCCGAAUUUGCGUGUUCUUAAUCUCAUGGGGAAUGAAGUCAUCAAAAACAUCUCACACUAUAGGAAGACUCUGAUAGUGCAUCUUAAUCAAUUGACUUAUCUGGAUGACAGGCCUGUAUUUCCCAAAGAAAGGGCUUGCGCAGAGGCUUGGGCUGCAGAGGGGAUAGAAGGUGAGAAAAGGGAGAGGGAACUGUGGGAAACUAGGGAACGCAGGAAAAUACAGGAAAGCCUGGAUGCAAUGACUGCCAUCAGAGACAGAGCGCUAAAGCAGAACAAGGCCAAAGAACUGCAGAAGAGAGCAGUGAAACAACCAUUAAGUUGCUCAACAACUAAGAAGAUUCAGAUGCACCUCAGGGCAUCAGAGCCUGAUGUAACUGACCUGUCAAUAUUUGAAAAUGACCGCAAUGAGAAAUCUGCAUCGGAAAAGGACCUGUCACAAUCUGGGAGCAGUGACAUUCAUCAUUCAUGUCCCAGCUCGGAAGCCAUUAAGGGUGACAUUGAGCCUACUGACCAGAUUGAUUCCCCCAUUCCUUCAAAUAAGAGCACACUCUGGAUUAAUGAUCUGCCUGAUCUGGAUGACCUUCCUGAGCAUAAAGAACUAAUGAAGGAUGGUUCCCAUACACUCAUAGAGAUCAUCACAAGAGAUGACUAACUAUGGAGUUAACCUCUGACAUUCCUUCACAGUCAGAAUACCUUAUGAAACAUGACACUGACCAACCAGCUGUUUAUUCUAGAAAAAGACAAGGAAUACCUCCAAUUUAUAGAAGAAUGACUUAUCAAAACUGCUUCACUUACAUCACUGCAGUGCUAACACAACCUUCAUGUUACAUGGGACAUCAACUUAUGCAGCCCACUCCAGUCCUGCAUUGGUAAUUCAUGUUUUUGUUAUUUUAUGUCUAUGCCAACUUCCAUAAUAUUAUUAUUUGGUAAGAAUGACCUCUUAGAAUGGGCAUUAUUAGAUAUGUUUUGUCAAUGUGUAUAUCAAAGGGUUUUGAGCAAAAAUGCUUGCAGCAUAAUGAAUUGAAACUAAUGAAGUAAUAAAUAAAGAUGAAUUGAUAUGCAA